AUGGCACCAAGCAGCGACCCUGCCUGCAUCGCUGAGCAGAGGUGUACUCGAUGUAGUCGCAUCCCCUGGAAAUUCGAUAUUUGGUUCCUGCUGGCAACAUUCCGGAAGUCCAGAGACAGUGAACAUUUCUCAAACCGGCUUGAUGACGACUCUCUAGACGAUCUCGACUUUGCGCUCGAUGCCCUGCGCCGGGAACAGAACAAUCCAUUGGCCAAUGAGCACAAAGACGAAGCAAAGAGAGGCAUAGGGCUGGGUAACUUGAGCCAGAGCCAAGUGGACCGUCUGCAUUUUCUCGUUCGACACCCUUGCGAUAGUAAUCAAGAUGAAAGGAUCAGCCCCGAACGAGGAAUCGACCUCCGGGAUACAAGUAAAGGCGACAAAGAACAAAUCAAGAUCGCUAUUCACAUGGGGUCCCGAAGAACAGGAAUUACAGUCUACUUCAAUCACCACCCAACCUUCGCCGCACUAAAACAGGCGGCCACCAUGGGUUGCUACCUCUGUCGGACUCUUCAGGCCGGGCUAAUUCCUGGGCCUCUGAAGAGGCCACUCAUUGAAUUGAAGACAUGUCCGGGAACAAGGCGUUACGGGAAAUCGGAAUACGAACCGCCAGCUGGUUGGACGGUGCAGUUGAAUGAGUCAUCCCUGCCAGGAGAAACGGCAGAGGAAAUGGGCUCGUUUUUAUUCCCCAAAUGUAUUUGGACUAGAAAUAACCCUCUACUCGUCCCCAAAUUAAUCAUCUACACAGCACUUCGGCGAGAAACCCUCGAUGUGGAUCUCGAAUGCCUUGUCCGUGACGUCGUUCGGCCCUGGGUCGAUGAUUGCGACGCCGGGAAGAGCGAUCACCAACACUGCCAGUCCGUCACAGCAAGAAAACCUGACCACCUCCCCACGAGGCUCAUAGACGUUAGGACUUGCCUAGAGGAUCCUGUCCGCCUCGUUGUGACCAGCGAGGAUAUUCCUAAGGCCGCCGAGCUGCCUAAAUACUUGACUCUCAGUUACUGUUGGGGCCAGUCUAAUAACCCGGCAAAAACCACAUCUCAAAACUUCAGGAAACGCCAGGAGAAUAUCGACACUGAGGAUCUUCCACAGACUAUUCAGGAUGCUAUUAGACUCACAAGGGCCAUGAAGAUUCGUUACCUCUGGGUAGAUGCUCUGUGCAUCAUUCAAAACUUGGAAGACUUUUACCUGGAGGCCACGAAGAUGGAAUCAUACUAUGCCGGCGGAUAUUGUCUCAUUUCGGCUACAGGCUUCUCGGACAGCUCUGAAGGGCUAUUUCCUGAUCGAAAAAUCGGAAAUUAUCACACCAAGACGUGCACAUUUGGUUACAGUAGUCGAAGCAAAAGUUACUAUCUCCUAAAGAACCCGUCCGAAAAGCUCCUAUGGGAGGCCUGUCGACAUCAGCCUGUGCAGGAACGAGCCUGGUGUCUCCAGGAGCGCCUACUCUCUAAAAGGAUUCUCCACAUUACCGCUGAAGCCGUCUUUUGGCAAUGUCCUAGCAUACGCAAAACUCCUGAAUUCUAUCGAAAUUCCGAAUCAUGGCCUUCAGAGAUGGAGAUAGAGAGAAAGAUAGCUCAUAUGGCAGACGACUGGGGUCUCUCUCCCCGCGGCUGCUUGAGGAAGAUCGAGCAAGUGAAGAGGAAAAAAAAGGUUCAGAAGGCAAGGAAGGAUCUGUCGGGGAGCUAUAGUGCUCCCCUGAUUAUUGGAUGUCACAAAAUUCUCAACCAGCCCUCUACGACGGACAUGUGGCUGGCUUGGACAAGACUGAUCCAAGAUUAUCUGUUCAUGGAGCUGAGCUACGAGGACGACCGGCUGACCGCGAUUCAGGGCCUUGGUCAUCGGUUGGCCGAGCUCCAUGAAGACAAAUACUUUGGUGGCAUAUUUCUGUCUCAUCUUGCCCAUGGCCUCCUUUGGAGGGGCAAAAAGAGACCACAAGGCCGACGAUCAACACGCUGUCCCACCUGGUCUUGGGGAGUUGCCAAGCCGAUUGAAUUUAUUAGUUUGGAAAGUUCCCUGGUUUCUAACAUUGAGGGUGACUCCAUAUUUCCGCUUUCAACUAGUAUGAUUCCGAGGAUGGGCCGAGAAACGCGGAGCCUUCAUCUAAGGGUGCCGCUGGUGCCAAUGGCUAAGUUCACACUCCAAGGCUCACCAGCCCUCAAGACGUCCGCAAUCUGGGUGUAUCGGGAUGUAGAGUUUACCCUCUACUUCGAUGAAGAAAAUUUGGUGCCUUGUGAUUUGCGCCACGUCAAGGUCAUCCUGCUUGGAUAUACACAAGGAUGUGAAUCUCUGGCUGGCUUGGUUGUUCGUAAUAACAUGGGGAGUUCUCAGUACGUGGAACGAACAGGAUAUGCCGAAGUGAAGGCAAUAAAUUCAGAUAUGAUGGGCACGGCAUGGGGAUUGGAUAAACUGUUCGAGCCUUGGAUAGAGAGUGUCAACCUGGUCUAA